AUGGAUCCUUUUAAAAAUUAUUUAUUCCUUUGCCUACUUAUUUUUCUUGUUUGGACUUCUGCUGGUGUGGACGGUUUUACGCCGCUCGGACGUUUCAGACAAAGUAGCGCUCUUGUAGGGAAUAGGCUUUACUUUUUUGGUAGCGCUAUUAUUGUACAAGCGAGAGAAAAUGUUUUCCUCGAUGUAACCCUUUCGACGUUAGAUACUUCAAAUCCUUCAUGGUCCUCAUCAAAUGCUUCUGUCCCGACUAAUUCGGCUUUUGCAAGCGCAUGUGUUGGAGGUCCUAAUAAAAAUACGAUAUUUCUUUUGGAACAUCUAGAUACAAAUAAUGCGGGUAUUAAUAACACUGCAGUAUAUGCCUUUGAUACUGUCAGUGGGACAUGGACUACUCGCACUAUGACUGGGACGCUCCCUGUAAGAAUCAGUGGCCUUGGUGUUUCUUUUAAUGACAUUUUUAUACUUGAUACAUUGAGCUCGGUUUGGACACAAGGCUCUUCUAUUGGUGCUCCAACAGCACGUUCCGACUUUUCUGCUACACUUUUAAAUAAUGGUCUUAUACUUUAUAUAGGAGGUGGUGACAAUAUUAAUAUGGCCGAAAUUCCAAUUUUUAAUACUAAUAGUGGUUCAUGGUCUACAAUGGUUGCUGCUGGUGAUACAAUAAAUCCUAGAAGUGGUCAUACUGCUGUAUUAUCCCCAGAUGGACAUGUUAUAAUUUACGGUGGAGUUAAAAAUAACACUGCUUUCGAUCAAAGCCAACAGUUAGCCUCAUUGGAUACAACUGUUAAUCCGUUUACGUGGUCUAAAAAAUCAUUGAAUGGUGUAUCUGGCGUGAGUAAUAGUGCUUUGAACUUGAAUAGUUUGAACACACAAUUAUACCUUCUUGAUACUCGAAAUUUCAUGUUUGUUACGGACACAUUGCAACGCCCUACUUCACCUACUUCACCUAAUCCUCAAAAUCCCUCAGUUACUCAAAUUCAAACUGUUAUUGCCUCAAAUUCUAAUGCAUUAAGUACAGGUGUAAUUGUAGCAAUUCCAUUAGUUUCAAUUUCCAUUCUUGCUAUAAUAGGCUUUACAGGAUAUUGGCUUUAUAAAAAGAAUAGGCAAAAUGAUAUUGUUCGUAUAGCAGGCUCUAAAGAAUAUUAG